AUGGCACUGUCGCAGUCGUCACUGCAGCAAGAGCGCAAGCGCGUCAAAGUGUAUGAGCUAAAGAAUAACGACUGGUACGACCGUGGCACCGGCUUCUGUUCGGGACAGAUCUUUCAGACGCCGACGUCGACGCAAGACAAUCCUGACGGCCGCAUUAUUGUGGUGAGCGAGGAUGAGCCGGAUCGAGUACUGCUGGAGACGCAUAUUACCAAGGACGAUGGCUACCAAAAGCAGCAGGACACUCUCAUCGUUUGGACUGAAACCAAUGGCGUUGAUAUGGCGCUCAGUUUCCAGGAGGCGGAAGGUUGCGCUGGCAUAUGGGACUUCGUCAGCGACAUUCAACAGCGGUUGUCCACGCUGGCGCCGGAUGACGGUCUCUCCGAUGACCUGCCAGACCCUGUCCAUGCAGUGAUCCUUCCACAGCCCGAGCUUGGCAGGCUGGACGAAGUUGACAACGCAAUUAGAGGUGCGUCUACUUCACCGGCUGGCCGGGACGCACUGGUCAAGUUCGUCAUGAGCCCGGAGCAGAUGUAUAUAUUAAAACUUGCGCCACUGGUGGAAGAGGCAGAACGGCGGGAGUCGGUCUCUGAUCUGCAUCGCUUGUGCAACAUCGUGAAGCAUCUGAUUCUGCUCAACGACACGUCGAUCAUCGAGUUCGUGGUUACGGAUCAAGCAAUUAUGGGCGUCGUUGGCGCACUAGAGUACGAUCCAGACUUUCCGUCACAUCGCGCCAAUCACCGGCAAUAUCUCUCCGACUCGUCCAAAUUCAAAGAAGUCGUACCUAUCGCGCAUCCCGAGAUACGCAAGAAGAUCCAUUACACGUAUCGCUUGUUGUACCUCAAGGACGUUGUACUUGCACGGAUACUGGACGACCCAACGUUCAGCGUUCUCAACAGUCUCAUAUUUUUCCACCAAGUCGAUAUUGUCAAUCACCUUCAGGCGAAUCAGUCGUUCUUGGACGACCUUUUCAACAUCUUUGCUGACAGUUCAGAUGAGUUCAGACUGAGCAAGCGGAAGGAAGCUGUACUGUUUAUACAGAAUUGCUGCGCCGUCAGUAAGAACAUACAAGCACAGAGUCGGGCGCAGCUGUAUCAGAACUUCAUACAUCACGGACUCUUCGCGGUCAUCACUUUCGCAUUACGGCAUCACGAUGCUGCAGUGAGAGUGGCCGGCACGGACAUCUUAGUAGCUCUGAUUGACCACGACCCGCACAUGGUCCGCAACCACAUAUUCAACUCCAUGAAGGAGAAGGUGACACCACUCACCGACACUCUCAUUGAGCUGCUACUGGUGGAGGUAGACUUGGGCGUGAAAAGCCAAAUGGCGGAUGCGAUCAAGAUUCUACUGGAUCCGACGAGCACAAACGGCUUGGAGAUGAUGCGCGCCGGUCAAGCUAACAGCGAGAUCAUGGCGAAGCGAGGAGGGGCGAUGAACGGUGUGGGUGGCAACGGACCGCAAGUUUCGCCACAGACUGAGGCCUUCAUCGAGAAGUUCUACAAGGAAUCCGCCCUGAGGUUGUUCAAGCCGCUAAAGGACCUCGAAUUCAGACCUACAGUGAGGGACUUGAGCGUGCAGGAGACGAGCUUGAUGACGCAUCUGGUGGAGGUGCUGAGCUUCUUCGUGCGACAACAUACGUACCGCAGUAAGCUCUUCAUCUUGAGCGAGAAUCUGCAUGCGCGGAUCGCGCAACUGCUGGGCUGUUCGCACAAGUACAUGAAGCUCACGGCGCUGAAGUGGUUUCGGACAUGCGUCGGUUUGAACGAUGAGUUUCACAAUCGCCAAUUGAUCCAGCAUCGCCUCUUCGAACCGAUACUGGGCAUUGUGUACGAGACGAUGCCAAGAAACAAUCUGCUCAACUCAGCGUGUCUGGAAAUCUUCGAGUACAUCAGGCAGGGAAGCGGUAUCAAGCAGCUGAUAGUGCACUUAGUAGAGCAGUACCGGACUCGUUUGAUGGAGAUCACUUACGUCAAUACCUUCAAUGCGCUGGUACAGAAAUAUGAUGCGAUGCAAGAAGCGAUGCAACAGGGUUACGUGCCUUCUUCCAACGGCACCGAAGACGUGAGCUACAGUCAGGAAGGUACGCCUGCUCAGAUGGUGAACGGGCAGCGAUUUGCAGGUCUCAAGGAGAUGGACAAUGAUGAAGAAGCUUACUUCAACGCUGAAGAUGACGCGGAGGACGACGAGGUUCUGGGUCUCCCUACUGCGGCGAAGGCCGGCUUGCCAAACGGAGCUAGUCCAGUGCGGCCGCUUGUGGACUACCCUGACGACGAAGACGAAGGUAUGUACGGCCUGGAUCCAACAGACAUGCUUGCUUCAAGUCCGGACCGGGAUAUGCAGGUCGCGAAGAAGGACAAGGGCAGUAGCUCCUCGGAUACUGAUGUUGGGCUCGACGCGAUGGAGACGGAGCCCACGAACGAAGAACAGACGAGCCCGGAUACACACGAACGCGGCCGGGAUAGAAGGCCGGUGCCAAUCGAGGGCUCACCGGGCCGGCAGCAUAGUCCGCCCGAACCUGUCCCAAUGAAGCGGAGACGGGAAGAUGAUGACGAGGAUGUGCUGGGUACCUUGAUGGGUGGCACGAAACGCAGGAACUCGUCCGCUUCUAUUACAAGCCAGUCGCGGAAUCUUCAGCUUGAUGGCACUCCGGACGCGCAUGCAUCCCCUGUCCGAUUGGGAGCGCAGGCGGAUGACCUGCCUCCAGCGCGAGGACCCAUGCCAAGUCAGACGCUGAAACGAAAGGGCAGUUUGAGGUCCAAGAAUGAGAGCGGCGCGGGACGGUUCGCGAUCAAGCAUGUCAGCAUUGCCGCGGCGAAGCAUGAUGCUGGGGCGACGGAGAACGGCAACGGUGCGGGAGGCGAUGGAGGCAACGGCUAG